GCCACCAUGUCCCAACAAUUCUCGCUGGGCAGCCUCUUCCUGUAACUAUCGUUGCCCCGAUCAUAUAGAGGCGCCUGCUUCUCCACCGCCCGCAACAGCUUAACAUUCGAUUCGAUAUUUGACAUCGCACUCAUAGGCAAACACGACACUUUUCUAGCCUUAUUUAAUGCGAAAAACGAACGAAAAAUACUGGGCCAAACACAACAACACGCGCAGCAGCUAUUUGUAAAACGGAGACUGAAAACAAGAGCGAGCUCACUCACACACACACAUACCCAACUACUGGCGUCGUUGUGAGAGAGAGAGAGCAACGACGGCGAGGGUUGAACAAUCGCCCGGCCAGGGCUACCGAAGAAUCCCAAUUGUCCAUUCACUGUCAUUACCCACGGGUCAUUAAUUGUUUGUUUGAAAAGUGAUCGAACUGCAUAUUGCCAGCCCAAAUUUAUUCACAUUAAUUUUGUGCCUGGCAGUGCUGUGGGUGACUCGGCUCUCUCUUUCUGCGCAGCUGUUCUCGCCGUGUCACUGUGUGUGUGUGAGUUUCAGUGGUGUCGUCGGGCAGGCGCUCUCCGAGAGGGUUGAAUCGCUUGGAAUAAUCUGGACCCCGUUUUCAUCCGGUAAGAGCGGACGCCGUCCAUGUUUUCGAGUUGGUUUGUUUUGGCAUUUUCUGUGUUUUUUGGUGCCGGCUCAUUGUUGCUUCCGAGCAUUUUUGGAAAUCUAGUGGGCCUUCAGCUUUAAGCAGAAAGUAAAAGAAGGAAAUUAAGUUGGCGUCAAGCUGCAGCAGCAAUACCACCAACUAAAUUUGUUGCUGUCCCCCUGCAGAGGUAGCGCGACAAACAGCUGGUGUGGACAGGCGACAAGAGUGUCGAAAACGAUUUCGCCAUUCCAGUGGGCUUGUAUUCUUUGAUUUUCAGUAAAAUGAACACUCGGGCCAGUUUUCGGCCCAACGAUGGGCUCGAAAUCCGUAAGGCCAGCCAAAGAAAAACUCCGACGCCUGAGAUAAAGGAAAAGAACGUGAAAAUAUGCCGUUUGAUUGCCAAACAUCCUUGUCUCUUUGAUCGUUCUAAUGAAGGGUACCAUAUAAAGUCGCACAUAAAGAGUGCCUGGAGAGAUAUAUCCCAUAAGAUGCACGAUUCGAUCAAUAGCUGCAAGGAGCGUUGGCGGAAUAUACGUUCAAGUUACGCCCGAUCCAUAAAAGAUGGUUUUAAUCACACACGGACGUAUUAUUUGAGCUCAGAGCUCUCCUUCCUUAGGUCGCACAUCACACCGGGCGUUCCCAGACCUCCGCAAGGCCGACGCUCACGCGCCAAUAAUACGGUGCACGGCCGUCGCAACGUCAACGACAGCAGCGAGAAAAUGUUUGGCACGGAGCAUGCGCAAGAGAAGUUGGAGCCCGACGUCGAGUUGGGCGAAGAGCCCGACGACGAGCCGGGCGACGAGGACACGGAAAAUGAUGCCAGCAAUGGAAACGACUACAAGUACGAGAACGAUGCUGUAGCGGUGCCAUGGCCAGCCAUCAAUUCCGACGAUGCCUUCCUGCAUGGUAUCCGUCCCGAGAUGGAACAGAUGACCUUCCGUCAGAAGCUUUACUUCAAGCGUCGUGUGUACGCCCUGCUCGGUGAGAUAUUUGAUACUCCAGAGGGCGUCUCCUUCUCCAACCAGCAUUUGGCUGCCCGUUCCGAUGCCAACGGAGCCAUGUCGACUUCAUCGGCACCAUCCGUGCAGCCUUCUGGUGCGACCAAGAAAGCCAAGACAAAUAAAGGAUAAUGAUAAUCCUCAAAAGCCAUAACCUAAUAAUAAUAACACUGAAAGAGUUCAAAUAAAUACAAUUGC